GGCGAAGGAAACAAGAUGGCGGGCGGGGGGUGGGAGAAGCCGCCUCAGCGACGUCGCCGCGGCCGCCUCCGCUCGGCUCCGGCCAUGGAGGAGCCGCCGCUCCGGCAGCCGCUGCCGCCCGGGGAAGACGAGGAGGAAGGGGAGGAGGAGGAAGAAGAGGAGGCGGACGCGGAGUGGAGCUUCGUGGACCGCGGGAUGGAGGCGGUGGCGCUGCGCGACCUGCCCACCGCCACCAUCGCCUGCAACCUGGACCCGCGCGUCUUCCAGGACGGCCCGUGCCGGGCCAAGUUUGAAUCCCUGUUCCGACCCUACGACAGGGACCUCACCUUUCAGUAUUUUAAGAGCUUCAAAAGAGUGAGAAUCAACUUCAGCAACCCCUUGUCUGCAGCAGAUGCCAGGAUCCAGCUGGACAAGACAGAAUUCCUUGGAAAAGAGCUCAAGCUCUAUUUUGCUCAGACUCUGCACAUCGGGAGCUCCCACCUGGCCCCCCCAAAUCCAGACAAGCAGUUCCUGAUCUCCCCUCCUGCCUCUCCUCCCGUGGACUGGAAACAAGUGGAGGAUGCCACUCCAGUCAUUAACUACGACCUCCUCUAUGCCAUCUCCAAGCUAGGACCAGGGGACAAGUACGAGCUGCACGCGGCCACGGCCACCACGCCCAGCGUGGUCGUGCACGUGUGCGAGAGCGACCCCGAGGGCGAGGCCGAGGAGGAGCCCAGGAAACCCAAACCCAAAAUCAUCCAGACCCGCCGGCCCGACUACACCCCCGCCCCGCUGAGCUGAGCCCGGCCCAGCUGCUGCUUCUUCCGGAGGAAAUCCACAAUUCCAGGGGUUUUCCCAAGGAUUUGCGGUGGAAAUCAGCCCAGCUGUGGUGGCCCAGCUGCAGCCGCGGGAGGAGAAUUCCAGGUUUGGUCCUGGUGAAAGAAUUUCCGUGCUCAGUUUGGAGUGUUGGUCCACGUGCUGAGUGAAUUCCCAGAUUCUGGGAACAAAGGAUGGGAGAAGGGGACAUUUUGGGACAUAACAGGACAAGCUGGGCUUAUUCUGGGGGAAAAUUCCUUGUUGUGACACCCCUGAUGGGUGUUUGGAAAACCUUGGGAUGACAGGGUUGGAGAGAUGAUGGGAAUUUUGGGAAUUUAACCCUUUUUCUUACACUAGGUUUUGUGCAUGUUUCUUCUUGGUCUUCUCAAGUAAUUUGCUUUCUUUUCUAGAGUUUCUCCCGAGUUUCUGGAGAUCUGGGAAUUGUUUCAAAGUAUUUAUUAUCUCAGCAUCCCAGAAUUCCUCCUGGAUGUGUACAUACAUGAUGUAUUUAUAUUUGGUUUUAUUGGCACUCGUUUUCCAGCAGGAUCCAAUUCCUCCAGCACCUGCCUUUGGUGCUCUGGAAGUUGUGCUUUUAAAAUUUUAACCUUUGGAAUUCCUGCAGAGGGUUUUGG